AUGCAACUCGGUCUCUCGGAAAGCCUGUCCGCGCUGGUCGCGCGGCGCUUUAUUGCCGCCAAAGAAGGCGGUGAUCUUGUUUUCUCCCAGACACAUUUGUCCCUGAUUACGGCUGCAGGGAUACCGUAUCAACUCCGCUAUUGUCCCGCUCUAGGAAAGAAACCAUCAAACCUGAAACCCGAAACCACCUUACCAAGACCAAAGUUCGAUCCCUUCGAAAACCCCUCACCAGAGCUUCUAAUCGCGCACUUCCCGCCCGAGAACCCCUCCCACGCUCUCGUGUUGAACAAGUUCCCCGUGAUUCCAAAUCACUUCAUCCUCUCAACCAAAGAAUGGAGAGCACAAACAGAUCUCCUCGAGAAAGCAGAUCUCGAAGCCGCAUACGAGUGUCUACGAACAUGGGGUCAGGAUGACAACACCACAACCGGACCAGCACCAAGGCGUCUAUUCGCCUUCUUCAAUUCCGGCGAAGACAGUGGCGCAAGUCAACCUCAUCGACAUCUCCAAUUCCUUCCUGUCGAGGCAAUGCGCCAACCCGAAACCGAAGGCUGGCACCCUCUAAUCGACGUCCUAACCGCACACGCGCAAUCGCAUCCCGGAUCUUCAACAUUCCAAUACCUCCCCCACCUCCCCUUCGCGCACUUCGCCCUCCCACUCCCUAAAAAUCCCUCCGCAGAUACCCUUCAAUCCAUCUACAUAUCACUCUACUGCGCUGCAGUCGCCGCCACAGAAGGUCGAGACCCGAGGCAAGGACCUACAGAGCCCGCUUUGUCUAUUGAUGGUCCAUCAGCGAUAAGCUACAACCUUGCCAUGACGCUCUCAACAAUGAUGAUUGCUCCACGUCGAUCAGAGACGGCGAAGAUCCCAAUGGAUCCUAUUGCGGCGGGUGAUAUCGUUGACCCGGGUGUGCUUUCAUUGAAUGGAACUAUCCUUGCGGGUACGUUGAUGGUUAAGGCGGAGGCGGAGUGGGAUGCUUUACGAUCGAAUCCUGAGAAUCUCAGUCGAGUUUUGAGGGAUGUGGGAUUCUCGAGAGUUGAUUCUUAUGGGAAUUCGGUUUUAUGA